ACGUACAGGAAAGGAACAGGGCCGCACAUAUACACGUCACUAGAGGAAACAAAAAACACUGGGACAUGUUUAAUUCACACAAUUAUUUAUUCACCCCUGUUCUAGUCUUUGUCCGUGAACAUUUCGCAGUUUCAAGCGCAACUUCCUCCCUUUAGGCAUUGGUGAGUGCGCUCUGUCGUCAGCCCACAGGGGAGGGCUGACAGUGUCAUACAGCCACUGAACUUCCCGUCAAGACACGGUACAGGCGAACAUUUCUGCUGCUGCUGCGGACAAAAAAGGGGAACGACAUCGGGGCUGUCAAGAGGAGAGGACACACUCCAGUCGAGAACUCUUCUGGGCAGAGAAACGGUACCAUUGUCCUACUGCUGAGGCUGAGCAGAGUCGGGGCUGGUGCUCUGCUAAUUAGCCUGCGUGGGUCCCUGCAGAGACAGAGAAGCUAGCUGCAGCACAGAGUGGCUUGUACAGGGUGUGAGUGACUCUAUUAGCUAUAAUCGGGACAUUUAUCUGACAAACUGGUGCUAGGGUUACUGAUGGGAGCCUUUAUUAAAUAGUCAUCCCUCCCUCCCUAUACCCCCCGUCGGACCCUGGCUCGAAUUCGCCACUCGGGCGCUGUCCUCGUCGGGGGGUGUCGAAUCCCUAUCGCCCGGUCCAGCUGACUCCACGGUCUGGUCCCUCUGACCCCUGCCCUGCCUCGCCUGUCUGCCGCUCUGGCCGACCCUAGCCGAGCCCAAACAUGGCAGGGAACCUGAAGAAAGGAGGGGGGCUCAUCGGAUUGAUGAAGGAUGCCUUCCAGCCACACCAUCACCACCUCCACACCCAUCACCAGCCCGGGGCCGUGGACAAAAAGACGGUGGAGAAAUGCUGGAAACUAAUGGACAAGGUGGUGCGCCUCUGCCAAAACCCCAAAUUGGCUCUAAAGAACAGCCCCCCUUACAUCCUGGACCUGUUGCCAGACACCUACCAGCACCUGCGCACCAUCUUGUCUCGCUACGAGGGCAAAAUGGAGACCUUGGGGGACAACGAGUACUUCCGGGUCUUCAUGGAGAACCUAACCAAGAAGACCAAGCAGACCAUCAGCUUGUUUAAGGAGGGGAAAGAACGCAUGUACGAGGAGAACUCGCAACCCAGGGCGAACCUCACCAAGCUGUCGUUGAUCUUCAGCCACAUGCUGGCUGAGCUGAAGGCCAUCUUCCCCAAUGGUCUGUUUCAGGGUGACAACUUCCGCAUCACCAAGGCAGACGCUGCCGAGUUCUGGAGGCGCGCCUUCGGGGACAAGACCAUUGUGCCUUGGAAGAUGUUUCGUCAGUCUCUCCAUGAGUUUCAUCCUAUCAGCUCAGGACUGGAGGCCAUGGCCCUCAAGUCCACCAUAGACCUCACCUGCAACGACUACAUCUCUGUCUUUGAGUUUGACAUCUUCACAAGGCUAUUCCAGCCUUGGUCGUCCCUGCUGCGGAACUGGAACAGCUUGGCAGUUACUCACCCGGGCUACAUGGCCUUCCUCACAUACGAUGAGGUCAAAGCGCGGCUGCAGAAGUUUAUCCACAAGCAUGGCAGUUACAUCUUCCGACUGAGCUGCACCCGGCUGGGCCAGUGGGCCAUCGGUUAUGUGACAGCAGAUGGAAACAUACUCCAGACCAUUCCCCACAAUAAACCGCUCUUCCAGGCCCUGAUAGACGGCUUCAGGGAAGGAUUCUAUUUAUUCCCCGAUGGUCGGACCCAAAACCCAGAUCUGACGGGACUGUGUGAGCCUUCACCUCAAGACCACAUCAAAGUCACACAGGAGCAAUAUGAGCUGUACUGUGAGAUGGGCUCAACAUUCCAGCUGUGUAAGAUCUGUGCCGAGAACGACAAGGAUGUGAAGAUUGAGCCCUGUGGUCAUCUCAUGUGCACCUCCUGUCUCACUGCCUGGCAGGAGUCGGAGGGUCAGGGAACAGGAUGUCCCUUUUGUCGCUGUGAGAUUAAAGGUACGGAGCCCAUUGUUGUGGAUCCUUUUGACCCCAAGGACAACAGCGGGGGCUCCUGCAGGGGCAUGUUUGGGGCUGAGGGGGCUCCUUCACCCAACUAUGACGACGAUGACGACGACAGACUUGAAGACCCCCACCUCAUGAUGAGCAAACUUGCCUGUUCAAAGGUGGAGCGCCCCGCGUCACCCAUGUCCAUGGCUCCUCAGUCCUCUCUGCCCCCUGUGCCGCCCAGACUAGACCUCAUACCACACAGACCUCCCAACCCGCCAGGGGCCUCCAGCCCCGGGGUCACCAGUAAGGCAGCAUCUCACCACAAAGACAAGCCUCUUCCCCUUCCGCCAGCGCUGAGGGAUCUCCCCCCUCCUCCUCCUCCGGACCGCCCCCACGCAGCCGGGGCAGCCCCCGAAGGACGGCUGCAGAGGCGGCCCUUACCCUGCACUCCUGGGGAGCCCCCUCGAGAUAAGCUCCCUCCUACACCCCCGAACCGGACCCUGGGUGACUGGAACUCACGGCCUGUUCCCAAGGCCCCCAGUACCUCCUCUUCCCCGUCGUCCUCGUCGUCCUCCUCAUCCAGCCAGGUAUCCAGUCUGGGGGUUGACAUUCGGGCAGGUGUCAGGGAACUCUCCAACCGACACUCCCUCCCCUUGGCGCUGCCUUCUGCUCUGGACACGCGAUCAGACUCGCAGAAGAACAACAGCUCCCUCAGUCUGGACCACCAGCUGAGUUUUGUGGCAACAGCCGGUCAAGAAUAUGACAACCCCAAAGUCAAGCCCUCUGCCUCAGCCAACGCCAUCUAUACAAUGGCGAUCAGACCUUCUCCAGCCCCAAGGCCAGUGGCAGGAGAGGAGGCACGUGACAGUGAGGAGGAGUCGGAGUACAUGAUCCCCUCUUCUCGGCCCAUCCUGCCCCCUGUUACUGCACUUCCUGUAGGGGAGCCCCCACAAGUCCCGAGGCCUUCCCAGCCUCCAUCAGCACUCCAGACACAAGCCUCCGCGCUCAACUCACGGCUGACAAUGGCUGAAGUGGAGGAUGGACCUCAAAUGUAUGAAGCCAUGUACAACAUCCAGGCCCGGGCCCAACAAGCCAGAGAUUCAGAUUAUUCAGACUUGCCCCCUCUGGCACUGUCCAAUGGUCCCAGAGACCACGCUGCCGAGGACAGGGAACAGGAGGAGAACGGGUACGACUUACCUAAACCGUGGCUGCCGAUGCCCACGACCCGACGGACCCUUUCAGAAAUCAGGGCGUCGUCUUCCUCCUCUUCAUCGUCCUCAUCAUGCUCGUCCUCCACAGCAGCUUUCAGCCGUCUUUCUCUAGAUUCGGAUGCUGGCGCUGCAGCACCCUUCUCAGAGCCGGCGGAAGCACCAGAGAGACCGCCCAAGCCCCUGCCCCGACGAAUCAACUCGGAGCGUCGACCCAGCCCUGUCCCGCCCGUCCCGGCUCCACCCAGUGGUGGGGCAGCAGGGGGAGAUGCCAACCUUCAAAUCAGUAGCGAAAUCGAGCACCUCAUGAGUCAGGGAUACGCUUACCAGGACAUCCAGAAAGCACUGAUGAUUGCACAGAACAAUAUCGAAAUGGCUAAGAAUAUCCUACGCGAGUUCGUCUCUAUUCCCUCCACUGCGCAUAUUCUUACAUAGCACGCUCCUUGUGCCUCUCCCUCUCUCUCUCUUUCUCGUGUUCUGCUUUCUCGCCCUAGCUUGGCACAGCCGGGUUGGGUUAAGGUUGGCUCAGCCCAAAGCCCAUUGCCUGCAGCACUACCUCUGGUGCUGGCUGACGCCCGACAUCCCUGUGGAUUUUUAACUGGCUGUUACUCCAGAGCGCUCAGUGUCUCUCGGACUCCGCGCCCUGCACUCCAUGCGCUUUCAACAGUGUCUGGCCUUCUCUUACUGCUACUGCAGACCUCUUCGUUUUUCACAAGACACCUACGUGGGAGUGACCGAGCGUGUGCGGAACAAUGACGGGACGCCGCAUGGCGCAAGACUUUUCGUAGGAUGCCGGGAAGACAGAUUCUUAUCUUUCAUGUUGAAGCCUCUUGCUGAAAUGUAACCAACACCUCACAAAUAAAACUAAAAAUUUAUGUCUAUAUGAAAAUUUAAUAUAUGAGUAAAUAUAUAUUAAAUAUGUGUAAUAUAUACAGUACGUGCAUAUACAGUAUGUAAAAAAAAAAAAAAGACUUCGGCUUUGAGGGUUGCUGAUGGUACAAGUGAUGUUGGUAGACGGGGACCAGAUACAUUUGACCGUUUUCUCAGACUGAAAGACGUGAGAGUGAGAAGACAUACAUGUGAGGAAGAGUCAGGGCGACCUCCUCACCGUGAGUUCACUCGGCAGCUUUGAAGAUGUGCAGCAGAGCGCUUCAUUAUGGAUUCAGUCUGUUAUGGCCUUUGAUAAACAACGUUGCUUUGGUACUUUUUCUUUUUUUUAGAAAUACAUGCUUGUUUUGUCGUGUUGUAUUUUUUCAAAGUAGCAUGACGAUGGUUUGGGGUCUGGACUAUUGUCUGGCAGUAUGUUUUUAUAAUGUGCAAGUUUGUGUAUGUGAGCAUGUUUCUGUGUGUGUGGGUGCGUGUGUGUCUGCCAGACUCCUCAUGACCUGCUCUUAAACGAACAACAUGAAUGUGGUGUUACAGUCAGUAUACUCAGACCCGUGCUCUGUAAACGUACUACUGCUCUAACCCUCACGGCAGUGUGUAGCUGUAGAGCCUGGCGCCGAGAUUAUUAGAGGACGUACUAAUGUUGACGACCCUGCAGUACCAGACAGGCUAGUGUUGUGUGACCCGUGGUGGCUGAAACGUUUUCAUUCUGUCUUUGUCUAACUUCAUUGACUGGCUGGUCAACGUUUUCUGUCCAGCGCAGUCCAGUGAGAAGAAAGGAAAAAAAAAUGUCAUUGAAUUACUUUGGUAAUAUAUUAUUGUUAUAUGAUCAUAGAUAUUGUUAUUAUAAUUAAUUCAGAAGUGCUUCACUGCUGCUACUAUUGUUAGUGCUAAAAAAUUAAGCCUUAAAUGUACAUUUGUGAAUAUUGUGUUUAACCGUCAUUCUGUUUCUUUAGAGUGACAGUAUCCUCCAUGUUUCUCUGGUCCGUAAUGUAGCAUACUUGAAAGUACAAGCAGCCUGUGAGCCUGCAAGCCCUCUCAAGCGGUCAACUCUUCAGUGUUUUAAACCCCUCUUUUUUUAAAUGAUUUAUGAUUCUCUACAAGAGGACUCUGUAAUAAAGCAAACAAAAUGUCUCUGCUACAGACACCAGACAUUUUGUAAUAGACUCAAUCACAUCAAUUUCUCUUCUCUGUGGGAGUUGCCCCCGCCCACUGAAGUGAAUUGAAAGCUGAGGCUUUUUUUUUUUUUUAAGUAGGCUCAUGGGUUCGCUGGCUCACCCCCAAGUCUACAUUAAAAUCAGUGUUUGGGCCAACUCUAAGAGCUAACUCAGGAAUUAUGUUUAUCCCAAAUGGCGUUCACUGUCACAAACCCGAGGAGACUCAAUGGCGCAGACAGCCGCUCACCUGCCGUCUCUUCAUCCAGGCGACUUGUAGCCAAAAGUAUCCGCUUAAUGAAGUCACAUAAGUAGCCUAAUACUCUUCUUCUUUUGUUACACUAUAACUUGCACAUUUUUUGUAUUAUUUGCAAUGUGGCAGGACUAGAAACAGCAGCUUUGUUUCCAGGUACUACAAAUGAACAAGGUGCACAAAUGCAAGGAGCUUUUAGGUACACUGACUCUCCCUCUGCCAUCACAUGAAGAAGAAUGUUGUCAGCCCUUGCUUUUUCUGGGUAAUGCUGUCUGUGGACUGGAAGCUAUCUCUCCGGCUGGCUUUCGUCUAGUUCUUUUUUUUUUUUUCGGUUCCUAGUUGCCUUGAGAAACUUCUUGAAUGAUGGGUAAUGGACGGGGAGGUUCCCAAACCUCGAGACUGUACCAAUGUUUUGUUGAUGCUUUGAGGAGAGCAUGUCAUUAUUGUGUAUUAUUUACCUUUAGUUUUUUUGAUUUCGCACAGUAUACCAAUUUGUGCUUUGAUACUGUCACUCUAAACAAAACGCUUAUUGUAUAGUUAGUGAUAUGAAAAGAAAAAAAAUGGCUGUUUUUAUUUCAUUUUGCAUUCCUGUAAAUGUACUUUGUUCCAAAGGUUUUGUUUACUUCUGUGAAUAAUUCUGUGAGCAGUGCCAUAUGUUUAGAGAUCCUCAUCAUGGUGAGAGUCAGGUUUAUGAAGACAAUUUGUUGGUAUUGAUCUGUACCUGUUGAUCUCAGAAGGUGGUUGCAGUAUUGCUUGUAUUAUUAUGUCUUCUCUGCCUUGUCAGCCGCAUCAGGCCUCAACGUGUUGAUCUGUGAAAAUGUUCCUUUUGUUUAUCUUUCCGACCUGAAAGAUAAACCAGGUCUAAGAUCAGUACUCGGCCUCGGAGAUGCUCGAUGCGUUACAGCCCCCUUCCCCUCCCUCAGCCUGUGUUGGGGUACUUCAACUCUCUGCCAUCAGAGGGAGCCGUUGUUCCAUGUAGCCUGUCGCUUCUCAUCAGUAAAAGGCAUUCAUUAACUUUUUGAUGGUUUUUAAAGCUCAUAUCAUUCUGGAAGUAUGCACAGUGCUGUUAUUAAAAUUAUAAGCAAAAGC